AUAAAUCUGGAAAUACCUUUGGAUCUAGCUCUUGAACUUAACAAACUAUAUCCUAUUCACAGUUGGGAUCAGUAACAGAGAUCUAUUUUUUCUGGCUGAUUUUAUUUGAAAGUCAUAUCAAUUAUUUGCAUAUGAUGAGAUGAAAAUUCACACUUUCUCAGUAAUUGAAAGCUUCAUAUGUGCAAAUAUAGGAGUAUCAAUCAAUUGCAAGCAUCACCAUCCACACCUUGAAUAGAAAUACUAGAAGCCGUGUUCCUACUAUAAUUGCACUGCACUUAUCUCAUCAUCACCUACGUCUUGAAUGGGCGUACAGAAUGGAAAGCCGCCAACGAAACAUUCAUCCAAACCAAAAAGUCCAAGCCCCCUGGAGACUUUUCAACGCGACAACCCCUUUCCCUUUCUCUUUCCCUUGCCGAAGAAAAAUCCACGGGUUUAAUUAAUUUCAACCCAGAAUUAAAAUCUCAACACACCCGGGCCGGCACAUAUCCCUUUCCUACUCACCUUCUUCGUCAUCGCCAAACCCAUAAACCCACAUAACCAAAUCUCCAAAUAAAAUCUCCCCCAAAUCCCCGCCUCACAAAUUGUAUUCUAAAAUUUCAUACAACAAAAAUGAACUCUCAUUUGUUCAUAUCCGUCAUUUUCGCAUCAAUUCUCGCCAAUUCCGUUUCCGCUUUGCCCCGUUUCUUUCGAAACUCAUCCUCAAUCCCACCCUCCCUCAUCCCCACCACCCCCGACGGCAAAUGGGACGCCUUCAAAAACCUCACCGGCUGCCACGCCGGCCAGAACGUCGACGGACUGGUCAAUCUCAAGAACUACCUCCAUUACUUCGGCUACAUCGACAAAAACAACAACUUCACGGACGAAUUCGACGACAACCUGAGAUCCGCGAUCAAGACCUACCAGCUGAAUUUCAACCUGAACACGACCGGCGAGCUCGACGGGCAGACGCUGGAACAGAUCGUCCGGCCCCGGUGCGGCGUCGCAGACAUCGUCAACGGCACCACGUCGAUGAACUCCGGCAAAAAGACGACGUCCUCUGGCAUCCACAUCCACGCGGUCAACCACUACUCCUUUUUUCCAGGCACGCCGCGCUGGCCGGCCGGGAAGACCGACCUCACCUACGCCUUCCUGCCGGCUAACAGCCUCUCCGACUCCGUCAGGACGGUGUUCUCGCGCGCCUUCCAGAAAUGGUCCGCGGUCAUUCCCUUGACGUUCACCGAAACGUCGUCGUACGGUGUAGCGGACAUCAGGAUAGGGUUUUACAGCGGGGACCACAACGACGGGGAGCCGUUCGACGGCGUGCUGGGGACGCUGGCGCACGCGUUCUCGCCGCCGAGCGGGGUUUUGCACUUCGACGGCGACGAGAACUGGGUGGUGGAGGGGGACGUGGCGGCGUCGGCGGUGGUGUCGGCGGUGGAUCUGGAGUCCGUGGCGGUGCACGAGCUGGGGCACGUGCUAGGGCUGGGGCACUCGUCUGAGAGGGAGGCGAUCAUGUACCCGACGAUAUCGACGGGGACGAGGAAGGUGGAUCUGGCCGGGGAUGACGUGGAGGGGAUCCAGUCUUUGUACGGGUCGAACCCGAAUUAUAACGGGUCGGCCACGUCAACUACGACGACGACGACGACUCAGGAGAGAGAUACUAGUGGCGGUGGGUCCCGGUUUGGGGGUCAAUUGUGGCUGUUAUUGGCCGUUGGGAUGGGUUUGUUGACUUUGUGAGUUUUGGUGGACUUUUCCGUAUAUACUCCUAUAGUUAUAGACUCAUCGACUCAUCGUAUAGUCUUAGCAGAAUAGUAUAAUACUGUAUUGUUUCUUGAUUCUUAAUUUCUUAUGUAGAAAUUACAACAUUAUUUCUAUGA